AUGGGCCGAACGCCUCCCCCGGCUGAUAUUGGAGAUGGCACUGCUGAAGACGAGCUCCAGGAAGACGGCAUUUCACUGGGCGACGGUGAGGCCCUUCCCGUGUUCGCCUUCUUCAAGCCUAGGCCCAUGAUCACGGAUCUUACCAAGGGCGGCAUGGGCGAAGUGACGCGGAGGAUGUGUGCUGCUGCGCCGCCCAAACCUGUAGGGCAACUGGACAGGUGCACCACUGGCCUCAUGAUUUUCACCCUGGACGGGCGCCUGACUUGCCACCUGAACAGCCACGCUGCCAAGACCUACCGCGCCUGGUAUGAAGGCUGGACGAGCAGCAACGGCAGGAGCUGUGGGGAGCUCACAGAUGCCGAGUGCCAGCAGCUCAAGGAGGGCAUCGAGCUCUCGCCCAAGGAUGGCUGGGCAGCUUUCCAGUCCGUUCAGAGGCUGGGUGGUGAGGAGCUGCCGCCAGUGCAGAAGCCCGGUGAGGAGAUCCGGAAGUUCCGGUACUGCGCGGAGGUGCGGAUCAAGUGUGGGAAGUUCCACGUGGUGAAGCGCCUCUUCAUGUCGGUGAACCGCUCGGAUGGCUGGGCAGCUUUCCAGUCCGUUCAGAGGUGUUGCAGCGCAUGGCCAUCCCAACCUUGCGGCCGGUCCCAAGCCUAG